AUGCCUUACGUAGCAAAGCGACGCUUUUGUGUGAGUGUGGGUGAUGUAGGUAAGACAUAUCGGGAUCAAAGUGAGGCAGGCGAGAACGAGACCUGGCUGCAACCCUCGGAUGACCUUCAUGACCCUGACCCUGGUCCUUCAAUUGGGUCACGAACGCGAAGGGCUGUGGCCGAAUUGGGUCAAUCGAGCAUUGCCUGGACGCGGUUUACAUACAUCUUGGAAAACUAUUAA